GCUCAACGCUCGCUCGUUUCAGUGUAGGAAACAUUGAUAACCGUUGAUGGCGACCUAAUGUGACACAGGCCUGCCAGCCCGCCAGUCGGUAGGGUAGCCUUCAUGCGGGUAGUCUAUCUAUCCCGUUCCCAUCGCCAGUUAGGAUAGAUCGUUCAUUGCGCGGCCAAUAAUCGGCCCUGUGUCAGAAGCAAUAGAUUCAAUCGAUCAAGCUCCCUGUAAGCGAGAGAACAAGCAAAGUGUUACCGUACUGAAGUCUGUGCGAUGAUGAUGUAGUGGUCAUCAUUUCGUUCAUAUGUGAGAAUUCACUUUAUCUGAUAGAUGCUACAACAAGGGAAAGAAAUACUGUGCCUUAUUUUCUAUGCUCCAAGAAGAUCGUGUUCAUUCCUGGGGCGAUUUAUUAAUGUGUAAGGUUUGAUUUUCUUGUUUUCGAAGCUCCACACACCGUAUCGCGGUACUGCGAAAAGCAUUAGUACACGAUCAGUUGCUAAUCAUCGGUCCAAGGAUCUAUCUCGCCGUACCCUUCACCAUGUGUUGUGAUGCAUGUGUUGCCGCCUGUUAGACCUGGACUAUGAGUUGUUUGGCACGCGGCAAGUGAGUGUUCAUCCGUCGGACAACAAAAACAAAUCUGGUGAAGCGCAUUGCGAAGAUCAAAGCGAUGUCCGGGUUUUGAGACGAUCGGUGUAUGCCUUUGCGCAUGUACUUGUGAGGCAAGGGCCCUACGGUGCACGGUGUUGUAGCUGUUUUUGUGUACUGUGUUAGAAGAGAUUGUAAAGGUAUUUCGUUUCGGAGUUCACGGUAUGCUAGCGAAGGAAUUGGCAGGGCGCAUACUUAUCAGUACUCCAAGUCCACGCCGAAAUUAAGUGUAGCGUGUAAAUGAAGUUUAAGGCUUUCAACGCGUAAUAUACUUAAGCGAAACAAAUGAAACGUUCCGGGUGAAUAAUCUUUUUGUGUAUGAUUCAUUUAAGCUGAAAGUGAGUGAAAAGUGUUACGAAAGAGAUUGGAAGAUUCGGAACGAAUAUCUGUUGUACAUUGAUUUCGGCACAAACCGGUAGAAAAUGUGCCGCAGGAUAGUUGCCUCCCUUUCUUGCGGGACACUUGCACGAUUUUGUGUUGCAAAAAAAGUUUGGUGAAUUAUUUUAACUAUCCAGCAGAAGGUAGAACGGUUUAUGCGAAGCAAUUUACGGCAGUAUAAUGCUUGAAGCAAUGGCACACAUCAAGUCAAACCAACGUAUUGAAGAUCACCGGAAUCUGAUCGACUGGUCGUUUUAUGCGAACGAGUCGUCCGGUGAGCAAUACUACGAAAUGCCGAUCGAUAUGCGUUUCAACUCGGGGCAUAUACUGUCCAUAAUGGUGUACAGCACGCUGAUGGCGUUUUCAGCUACGGGAAAUAUUACAGUACUUCGAAUUCUCGCCCAACGGAAGGUACGAGCAUCGUCCAGGAUAAAUAUAAUGCUUGCACAUCUGGCGAUAGCGGAUCUUUUGGUAACCUUCCUUAUGAUGCCGCUAGAGAUUGGAUGGGCAUACACGGUUAGAUGGACUGCCGGGGAUAUAAUGUGCCGCGUGAUGGCCUUCUUCCGGACCUUUGGUCUGUACCUUUCCAGCUUCAUUCUAAUCUGCAUAUCAGUAGACAGAUACUUUGCUGUACUGAAACCAUUGAAAGUGCAUGAACAUCGAGCAGUUCUAAUGAUUGCUGCCGCUUGGAUAAUGUCCGGUCUGUGCAGUCUUCCUCAGUCGUUCAUCUUUCAUCUGGAGGUACAUCCAAACAUUACGGGAUACCAACAGUGCGUGACGUACCACUAUUUCGAGGAGGAAAUCUAUCAAAUCAUCUACAACGUUAUGGUUAUGUGCCUGAUGUAUACGGUCCCGCUGAUAGUGAUCCUUUACUGCUAUGGAUCGAUAUACUAUGAAAUAUUUAGUCGCACAAAUCCCAAAAAUUUAGAGAGUUUUCGACGCUCGAGUAUCGAUGUGCUUGGACGAGCAAAGCGAAAGACGUUACGGAUGACUAUCACGAUCGUGAUCGUGUUUGUAGUUUGCUGGACGCCUUACUACGUUAUGUCACUCUGGUACUGGUUAGAUAAGGAAUCGGCCAAGAAUGUUGACCAGCGAAUACAGAAGGGUUUGUUCCUGUUCGCCAGCACGAACAGCUGCAUGAACCCGGUAGUGUACGGUAUUUACAAUGUGCGAAAGAAACACACCAACAAACAUCUGAAGGUGCAGGAAAAAAGUUGUGGAAGCCAUCUUACGAUGAAAGUGUAACUCCCAACCAAGUGUUCAAUGUGUGACUGUGUUUUGUUUUUUUGUAUCCGAGGUUAUGAUUUAAUGCAAGCUAUAGUUUAAACAUCUUAACUAUAAAACAUCUAAAGCAUAGAGGAAUUUUGUGUAAAGUGUUGUUCGAAAUAAAUCCAUAACUCAUGGACGUAAGGGUGGAUCGCUACUCAACUAAACUA